UCGCCGUGAUCGCUUAAUCAGACCUCAAUUUCGGUGUUGAAGCAGCUAUGGAUCCAAACCAACGUAUCGCGAGAAUCUCUGCUCAUCUCAAUCCUCCUAAUCAGAUUGCUGACGGGUCGGGUUUGAAUCGGGUGGCUUGUCGGGCAAAAGGUGGAUCACCUGGAUUCAAAGUGGCGAUACUUGGAGCAGCUGGAGGAAUUGGGCAACCUCUAGCGAUGUUGAUGAAAAUGAAUCCUUUGGUUUCGGUUCUUCAUCUUUAUGAUGUUGCUAAUGCUCCUGGUGUUACCGCAGACAUUAGUCACAUGGACACCAGUGCCGUUGUUCGUGGAUUUCUCGGGCAACCGCAGUUAGAGGAAGCACUUACGGGGAUGGAUUUAGUGAUUAUACCUGCUGGUGUUCCGAGGAAACCAGGGAUGACGAGGGAUGAUCUGUUUAACAUUAAUGCUGGGAUCGUGAGGACACUCUCUGAAGCUAUAGCUAAAUGUUGUCCUAAAGCAGUUGUGAAUAUAAUCAGUAAUCCGGUGAACUCCACGGUGCCAAUCGCAGCUGAGGUUUUUAAGAAAGCUGGAACCUUUGAUCCAAAGAAACUCAUGGGAGUCACUAUGCUUGAUGUUGUUAGAGCUAAUACUUUUGUGGCAGAAGUAAUGAGUCUUGAUCCCCGUGAAGUUGAUGUUCCGGUUGUUGGAGGACACGCAGGAGUUACAAUUUUACCGCUGCUUUCUCAGGUGAAACCCCCUUGCUCAUUCACUCAAAAAGAGAUUGAAUAUCUCACAGACCGCAUCCAAAACGGUGGCACUGAAGUUGUUGAGGCUAAAGCUGGUGCAGGUUCUGCAACGCUAUCCAUGGCAUAUGCAGCAGUGGAGUUUGCAGAUGCUUGCCUCAGGGGUCUACGAGGUGAUGCAAACAUCGUUGAGUGCGCAUAUGUGGCAUCCCAUGUGACUGAGCUUCCCUUCUUCGCAUCGAAGGUGCGUCUGGGACGAUGUGGGAUCGACGAAGUGUACGGUCUUGGACCAUUGAACGAAUAUGAGAGGAUGGGAUUAGAGAAGGCAAAGAAAGAGCUUUCAGGAAGUAUUGAGAAAGGUGUUACCUUUGCGAAGAAAUAAAGAGACUGAUCGUGAAUAAACACUUAAGUGAUGG